AUGCACAGCGGAGUGAUGUGGAGGUUACUGAGCUACACACUGUACCUGUUUGUGUUUGCAGGGCUCAGCCUGCGGUCCGUCUGGGCGGCCGAAGAGGAGCUGGAAGGAGAGGUGAAGACUGAAGUUUUAUUUAAGCCCGAGGAGUGCAGCCAGAGGAGCAAGAGAGGAGAUCUGAUCAACGCUCACUACGAUGGGUACCUCGCCAAAGAUGGUUCCCAGUUUUACUGCAGUCGAACAGAGAAAGACGGACACCCUCAGUGGUUCGUGCUGGGUGUGGGACAAGUCAUCAAGGGCCUGGAUAUUGGGAUGAUGGAUAUGUGUCCGGGAGAAAAACGAAAAAUCACCGUCCCAUCAGCCCUGGCGUUUGGAGAGAAGGGGAAAGGUCCAGUACCUCCGAAUGCCACUGUGAUCUUUGAGGUGGAGGUCUUCUCUGUGUCCAUGGGGCCACGCACCAUGGCGGCUUUUGGAAAGAUGGACCUCAAUAAAGACAGAAGCCUCUCAAAGGCAGAGGUGAAAGAAUAUUUGAAGCUGGAGUACGAAAAAGGGGGGAAGCCGCGCGACGACCCUUUCUACGAGAAGAUAAUGGAUGAUAUCUUCUACAAGAACGAUGGCGACAGAGACGGCGUGAUCAGCGCGACGGAGUACAACAUUUAUCACCACGAUGAGCUCUAACAUUUUUUAUUCUUCUUUUUUGUUUAGUUUGUGUGUUAUGUAGAGAGGAAACUAAAGGGAACACACACACACACACACACACACACACACACACACACACACACACACACACACACACACACACACACACACACACACAUAUUUUUCAGUCACUAACCAUCAACCACUUCUUCUUCAUCUGGGAGUUUCCUGUUUUUCCCACAAAACUUUUUGAACAUGCACGUUUGAGCCUGCAGAAGCGAGCGUGUGAGAGCCUUUCUUCCUCUUCAGUGGUCGUUUCGUAUCUGUUUUAUUUUGCUAAUGAUCUGGAAAAUGUUUGCUAUGGAAAUCAUGUGCCAGCGACUGUCUCAGUAACCUCUUUUCCGCUGACGUGGAUCCAGUUCUGAGUCUGAGAGCCCAUUGUUUGAGUUUCCAGCUUAGGCAGUGUAAAAGAUAGCUACUCUGAAGUUGCUUCUGCUGGCCCACCCGCUUUUUAAAGACUGACCAUACUGAAAACAGCCUGAAAGACCAGCUUCUUCCAACCAUCCAGGAGCAGUUUGGUGACAGUCUGUGCAUUUUCCACCCUGAUGGAGCAUCAGGUCACAGGGUAAAAGUGAUGACUAAGUGGCUCAGAGGUCAUCAGAUUGACAUUUUGGACCAGUGGUCAGGAAACAUCACAGAUCAGAAUCUGAUCCAGAAUCUAUGGUUAGUCCUUAAUAAGCAGGUGGACCAGCAAAAGCCCACAAACUGUGAUCAACAUGGAGCUCUGAAAAGGCAGGAAUGGAUCUCCAUCCAUCGGGAUCUGGCCCAGAAACUGAUCUCCACCACGUCAUGGAGAACUGGAGUCAUGAAGAAGAAAAAAGGUCAACAGUGCAACAUUUAUGACUCUUUGCAUAAAUGUGAUUUAUU